AUGCAUUCAGCAGUUAUUUUUUUGAUUAUUUCCACCGCUGUUCUUGCACAGAACAAUCAAAACUCUUUGCCAUGUGGUUUCUGUGAGUUUUUAUUUUUUGAAUCAAGUGGAGUUUAUGAAAAAUAAUUCCAGCGUGCUCGAGAAACACAGUAAUCUUUGGUUCCAUUGAUGGUCAACAAGGAACAGCAUCAUGUUCUCAAAACACCAAUCCAUCAAGAUGUUCAGGAUGUUGUAUUGGUAAAGCUCUUCAAGUUGGACUUGCUUCAACAUUCGCCACUGGUUUCAUCUCAAAUGAUGGUCAAACUUGUGUUUGCUGUUUCAAUAAUAAUAAUCAAAAUUGUGGAGGAGGAAAUGUUUUCACCACAUUCAAUAAUAAUAUUAAUAAUCCAAAUUCGCCAUUCCAAUAA